AUGGUUCCGUGGAUUGCAAGCUUGCUGCUACUGGGAUGGCUGAGAAUAGUUGUCGCCUUCGCGGUCAAAGGCGACAUUCUCUGGAACGACAUGUGUCCAGGGCCUGAGAAGCUAGGACGCUCGAAGGUUGUAUUAGAUGAAGGUAAAUACUACGGGGGAAUACAGCAGGAUGGCAAGUUUACCAUUCCGGGUGUUCCUGCGGGUACAUACGUUCUCUCCGUCUCGACUCAUGAUUUCAUCUUUGACCAGCUACGCGUCGAUAUUCUGAACACAACGCCUCCGGCCGUCGAAGUGCGACCGUACAUACCUGGAACACCUUUGAAUCCUCCGUCUUCAGUGAUUCUGCCCCACCCUAUCUCUCUCGUCGUUCGGCAAAAGCAUGAUUAUUUCGUUGCCCAUGAAUCUUUCAGCCUACUGGCGAUGUUCAAGAACCCCAUGAUGAUGAUAAUGCUGCUCACGGCCGUGAUGGCGAUCGGUACUCCAUAUCUCAUGAAAAACAUGGACCCCGAAGCCUUGGAAGAGAUGCGAGCCAGUCAGGCGAAGAUCGCAAGUGCGCAGUCUGCCUUCGCUACAGGAGAUUUCAAGUCAAGCAUCUCUGCUCUCAUGUCGGAUGAACCUGCUGCCGUGCCACAACCGCAGCCAAAAGCUGGGCCUGCUCAGAAUAAGUCACGUAGCAAUAAAAACAAACGGCGAUAA